GGGUGUCUCUCCCGCCGGGCGGCCUCACCUCGUCGACGGCGCGGCGGGGCAGGUGGAGGACGCCCAGGAGCAGCUUGAGCUUGACGGGCGAGGAGAGGCCGUGGAAGCAGAGGCGGAUGUUGUCGAUGACCGAGGCGGAAGGAGGAAGGCCUAACUAGCAAGAUGCUCACUGUUCGCACGAGGAAGAUGGUACUUUUGGCCCCUUUACUUCUGAUGACGGGACUGAUUUCUACGAAGGCCGCUGUGGCUGAGGAAGAAUCAGGAACAGCGAUUCCUGCCGAAAGUCGUCCCUGUGUUGACUGCCAUGCCUUUGAAUUCAUGCAGAGGGCUUUGCAAGAUUUAAAGAAGACGGCGUACAAUUUAGAUUCACGAACGGAGACCUUGCUUUUCCAAGUGGAGAAGAAGACCUUAUGUGACUGUUUAGCCUCCAAUGCCCUGAACUGAGUCCUGCAGACCCCACACACACACACCUGGGAGGAUCUUCCACAGCGCUUAUCAAACUGCUGUUAGGAAAGAAAAUAGUGCAAGCAUGUAAUCUGACUGCUUCUGAAACUAAGGGGAGAAUGUUGGUAUGAGAAUGUCCUGCCUGAAUUCAGAAUGUUUUUGUCUUACGUCCACCCGACCUCACCUUGUGUCAUCAGGAGUUGCAAGAUAAUUCCCAGAGAAAAGGAGAAAAACAAUGAUGGACUUUUGCAAAACAUUAAAAGUUUUGUUUUCAGAAGCUUUCUUUUUCAAUACUAUAUUCCCCCCAACACACAACCAAAGAAAUCUAAAAUUAAAAUUAAUUAGUGAAGACCCCAGCAGGGAUUCUAGGGAUCUUUUGCUGGGACUCUUCAUCUCCUGAGUGUUUUUAGAAGGAAUUGGACAUUUAUACCAAAUAAUGUAUAUAAAGCAGGCUUUGAUCACAUGCAAAAUAUGAUUCGGAUAGUGUGCAAAAGAUGUAAAACGCAACAGAAUCAAACUGGAAGCUGAGUCAUUAAGCAGUUUAACUAUUGAAGAAUAUUAAUUAACUGAACAGGGAACCAUUUCAAAAAUGAUCAGCCAGGCAAUUGGGCUUCUCCUUGACUUGAGGGAACAAGCUUUCACUUAGGUGAAACUUCUAGACCAGGCCUGUGCUGGCCACGCCCAGUUUAGCGAAGGGGGAGGGGGUGAAGUCCCAAUAUGUCACGUGACGCUACCAUGGCAACAUGAUUUUGACACCCCCGUUCUAGACAGUCGUGAACAAGGUCUGGGAAGGUUUUCAUUUUUCACCUUUUCCUUACAGAUCCGUGGAAGUGCAUCUCUAGCCAGUCCUUUGUUCUCCUGCACUUGGUGCCCUGAGCAAUUUGUAAUUCUUCUCCCAACCAUUUGAGCUGAACGAUGUUCUUCCAUUAUCAGUGCAUCAUAGACAUCAUCUGUGUAUCAUUUCUUUUCAAAGAAAUGGGUUUCUGUGAGUUUGUGUGUGUGUGUGUGUGUGUGUGUGGUGUAAAUGUAGAAACACUCCAGUACUGGGGAAAUACACCUUUUAAAAUAAAGAUCUGAGAUCCUGUC